AUCACGAAAACAAACAGGCACACCCUUGGCUUGUUUGACAGCUCCGGUUUUUUGUGUUUUUUCCCGGAAAAAGUCGCGCCAUGCGACUAUUUUAUCUAUAAAGCUUUCAGUCUACCACCCAGCUGCUGAAAAUUCCAAAGCGCAAUGUCGACCGAAAAGGUGACUUUGGCGGAUGCGCUGUCCAACGUGGACGUGCUGGACGAACUGACCCUUCCGGACGAGCAGCCAUGCAUUGAAGCCCAGCCUUGCUCGGUUGUCUACCAAGCAAAUUUCGACACCAACUUUGAGGAUCGAAACGGUUUUGUCACCGGCAUCGCAAAGUACAUUGAAGAGGCCACGGUGCACGCUAAUUUGAAUGAGCUGCUUGAGGAAGGUGUUCAGCACGCCGUCAUGCUUUACACCUGGCGCUGCUGCUCGAGAGCCAUCCCGCAGCCAAAGUCCAAUGAACAGCCCAAUCGAGUGGAGAUUUAUGAGAAAACUGUUGAGGUUUUGGCCCCAGAAGUGAACAAACUGCUCAAUUUCAUGCAUUUCCAACGUCGCGCCAUUGACAGAUUUUCAGCCGAGGUUAAAAGACUGUGCCACUCUGAAAAGAGGAAGGACUUUGUGUCUGAGGCUUACUUGCUGACCUUGGGCAAGUUCAUCAACAUGUUCGCCAUCUUGGAUGAGUUGAAGAACAUGAAGUCUAGUGUCAAAAACGACUAUUCAACCUACAGAAGAGCUGCCCAAUUUUUGAAGGUGAUGGCCGACUCUCAGACUCUGCAGGAGUCGCAGAACUUGUCCAUGUUUUUGGCAACACAGAACAAAAUUCGGGACACCGUGAAAGAGACUCUGGAGCGAAUUCAGGGCUAUGAGGACUUGUUGUGCGAUGUGGUCAACAUUUGUGUUCACAUGUUCGAGACACGCAUGUAUCUGACCCCAUCUGAGAAACACAUGUUGGUCAAGGUCAUGGGAUUCGGGCUCUUCCUGGUAGACAGCGAACUAUGCAACAUCAACAAACUUGACCAAAAGAAGAAAAUCAAACUGGAGAAAAUCGAUCGCAUUUUUAAAAAUUUGGAAGUGGUUCCUCUCUUUGGUGACAUGCAGAUUGCUCCGUUCAACUACAUCAAGCGAAGCAAACACUAUGACGCCUCCAAGUGGCCCCUGUCUAGCUCCACUCUGAUCAGCCCCCAGGCGGACCUGAUGCAGCAUCUGCCUCAAAUCCGGGAAGACCAUGUUAAGUACAUCAGUGAACUGGCCCGCUACAGCAAUGAGGUCACAACGACCUUCAAGGAGUCUCGCAGUGAUGCUGAAAAUAGGGACACAGCAGAUCUGGCCUUGAGGGGACUGCAGCUGCUGUCGGAGUGGACAACUGUUGUCACAGAGUUGUACUCUUGGAAGUUGCUGCACCCCACUGACCACCACAUGAACAAGGAGUGUCCAGCUGAGGCUGAAGAGUAUGAAAGGGCAACGAGAUAUAAUUAUUCUGAAGAGGAGAAAUUUGCCCUGAUUGAAGUGAUCGCUAUGAUUAAGGGGCUGCAAGUGCUGAUGGCUCGCAUGGAGACAGUAUUUGCAGAUGCUAUCAGGAGGAACAUUUAUGCCGAGUUGCAAGACUUUGUUCAGCUCUUUCUUAGGGAGCCUUUGAGAAAGGCUAUAAAAAACAAGAAGGAUCUUAUCAGAAGCAUUAUUGUCUCCGUUCGAGAAACCUGUGCCGACUGGCAGAGAGGAAUGGAACCCUCGUCCGACCCUGCAAUGAAGGGCAAGAAAGAUCCUGAGAAUUUUGGCAUCAAAGUUCCGAGGAGGAAUGUUGGUCCUUCUUCGACACAACUUUACAUGGUUAGGACGAUGCUUGAAUCAUUGAUUGCUGACAAGUCCGGCGGAAAGAGAACUCUGAGAAAGGACAUCGAUGGCCAGUAUCUGGUCCAGAUUGACCAGUUUCACAAAACCUCCUUCUACUGGAACUACUUGCUGCGAUUCUCUGAAUCCUUGCACGACUGUUGUGACUUGUCGCAACUGUGGUACCGAGAGUUUUAUCUCGAGAUGACAAUGGGCCGGAGAAUUCAGAAAUGCACGGUUCGGCACCAACAUAAUGAGGAAUGCAGUGACCUCAUCACCAUGGAGAAGCGCAUACAGUUUCCCAUCGAGAUGUCAAUGCCAUGGAUCUUAACUGAUCACAUUCUGAAAACGAAAGAUCCUUCCACUAUGGAAUACGUCUUGUAUCCUCUAGAUCUGUACAACGAUAGUGCUCACUACGCACUUACAGUUUUCCGAAAGCAAUUCUUGUACGAUGAAGUUGAGGCUGAAGUAAAUUUGUGCUUUGACCAGUUUGUCUACAAACUCAGUGAGCAGAUCUUCUCUCAUUACAAGCAACUGGCUGCCAGCAUUUUGCUUGACAAACGGUUCCGAGUUGAGUGCAUAGCUCUAGGCACCUAUUUGCUGCCUUUCCCUCGCGCCAACAGAUACGAGACUCUGCUCAAGCAAAGGCAUGUGCAGCUUCUGGGCAGGUCCAUUGACUUGAACAAACUUAUCACUCAGAGAAUCAACGCUGACAUGCAGAAGUCCCUCGAUCUGGCCCUGAGCAAGUUCGAGGCUGGAGACAUAACCGGAGUAGUGGAGUUAGAGGGUUUGCUGCAAGUGAAUCGUCUGUGCCACAAACUCCUAUCAAAGCACUUGGCGCUCGACAACUACGAUGCCAUGUUCCGCGAAGCUAAUCACAGCGUGCUUGCACCCUAUGGCCGUAUCACUCUGCACAUUUUCUGGGAACUAAAUUACGACUUCCUUCCAAAUUAUUGCUACAAUGCAGCCACUAACAGAUUUGUGAAGGCAAGAGGGUUGAGCUUUGCUCAGCCAGUGCAUAGAGACAAACCGCCACAGAUGGGCCACAACUACUUGUGGGGCAGCAAGCAGCUCAGUCUUGCUUACAGCACUAUUUAUAGCCGCUCAGGAGGAUUUGUUGGUCCUCACCACUUCCGCAUGAUGUGCAAAUUGCUAGGCUAUCAGGGUGUAGCGGUAGUAAUGGAGGAACUUCUGAAAAUCGUCAAGAGUCUGAUUCAGGGCAAUCUUCUACAAUUUACAAAAACUUUAAUGGAAGCAAUGCCAAAGCUCUGCAAAUUGCCCAGAUACGACUACGGGUCUCCUGGUGUACUUGGAUACUAUCAUGCUCAGCUGAAUGACAUAGUCAUGUAUCCGGAUGCGAGAACAGAGUUGUUCCACAUUUUCCGAGAAAUCGGCAACACCAUUCUGUUCUGCAUGCUGAUGGAACAGGCUUUGUCGCAGGAGGAGGUGUGCGAUCUGCUGCAUGCGGCUCCCUUCCAAAACUUCUUGCCAAGACCUCACGUCAAAGAGGGUGAAAAACACGAAACCAAAAUGAAGAGGCUGGAAGAGAAAUAUGCAGCCCUGCAAAUAGUCAAUAACAUCGAGAAGCUUGGCAGUGUCAAGCAAGCAAUGAUAGCUAGAGAAGGUGAUUUACUAACCCGAGAGAGGCUCUGCUGUGGACUGUCCAUUUUUGAAGUGGUUCUGAACCGCUUGCGGUCUUUCCUGGAUGACCCAAUCUGGGUAGGGCCUCCGCCUACAAAUGGGGUCAUGAACGUUGACGAAUGCACAGAAUUCCACAGGCUGUGGUCUGCGCUACAGUUUGUCUACUGUAUUCCCGUUGGUGGAACAGAAUUUACGGUUGAGGAAUUGUUUGGCGAAGGCCUAAACUGGGCUGGCUGCACAAUUCUGAUGCUUCUGGGUCAGCAGAGGCGUUUCGAAGCGCUCGACUUCUGCUAUCACAUUCUUCGAGUGCAACGAGUUGAUGGAAAAGAUGAGUUGGUCAAAGGCAUUCAACUGAAGAAAAUGGUGGACCGAAUUCGCCGUUUCCAGGUGCUAAACUCUCAAAUCUUUGCUAUUCUGAACAAGUACAUGCGUUCAGGAGACACUGAAACGCAGGCGGUGGAGCAUGUCCGCUGCUUCCCCCCGCCAAUGCAUCCCUCGAUGGCCUCCUCUCACGCCCACUACCAUCGAGCUGACUACAUGAGGAGCAGCAGCCAAAGCCAGCCCCAGUAAAACAAAGAAGUCAUCUUUCGACAAGCAUUUCCUUUUCCUGUAUAGUUAUUAUUAUUUAUUCCGAUUUUGUACAUUAUGAAAUUGUUUGCGUUAAAAAGAAAACUCUCCUCAUCCUAACCCAUGCUAGAGUGCAUUUGUAUCAGCCUGAUGUAGCUUUUAAGGUCUCCUCAAAUACUAAUCGAUCGACCACUGUGUCAAACUAGUUGCAUUUUUCUUCCAUAGUUUUGGUAUAUUUAUCAAGCUCAUGUGCAAUUUAACGUAUAAAUUUGCAGUUUAAAAAUAAAAUAAAUCCAAUCUUGGUUUUAAA